AUGGUGGAGCGCAAUAGAGUUCUGGCCGCUAAUAAACACCGACUCUCUUUACUUCCCCAUAAUCGUCUCCAGAUACACAGCCCACAUAACAUGAGCCGCCCCUCUCUAGUAUGGAUCGACUGCGAAAUGACUGGCCUCGCUGCGACGGACAAGUUGAUUGAGAUUGCCGUUAUUAUCACAGACGACGAUCUGAACAUUAUUGCGGAGGGCCCCAAUUUGAUUAUCUCACAACCGAAGGAGGUCAUGGAUAAAAUGAACGAGUGGUGCAUCGAGCACCAUGGCGCCUCUGGUCUCACAGCUGCAGUUCUUGCCUCUGAUAUUUCGACUGAGAAAGCAUGCACUCAGGUCCUCGACUUCAUCAAGCAAUACAUCCCAGAGCCCCAACGUGGCAUCCUCGCGGGCAACAGCGUGCACGCCGACAAGGUCUUUUUGGAGCGCGAGAUGCGUCCGAUUGUGGACCACCUGCACUACAGGAUUGUGGACGUGUCGACCGUGAAGGAGUUGGCUCGGAGAUGGUAUCCAAAGGAAUUUCAGCAGGUGCCUCAGAAAAAGGAAGCACACCGAGCAUUGGACGACAUCAAGGAGUCGAUCAAUGAGCUGAAAUACUACCGUGGAGCCGUCUUCAAGUAG